AUGUACACGGCUGCAUGCCCCCAUGCCCCAGGUGUCGCCGAGGCCUGGGGCUGCGGCUGUGCGUCCCCACAGUUCUGCCAGGACUGUGGGCCCUGUGUCUGUGCCCUCUGCGGGGCCCUGGGCCUGCACCGCGUCCACCUCCUGCCCCACGCCGUCUGCCACAAGCAGAUGAGUGUUGCCAAGGGCUGCGGGCCAUGCGGCAGUGGCAGGCCUGGCCCGGCCAGUCGGGCCCACCUGCCUGUGGCCUGGCUUUGUGUUGUUAGCCAGUGGCUGUGGAGCUUGGCGUUUGUUGUCACAGCGGUUUUGAGGGCUGUGGCAAAGCUCAUGGCAUUGUGCUUGAAGGAUCUAGAAGAGAUAAAAGAGCAAGAAGCUGGUAACCGAUGAAGUGUAGAGCAGGCUGCUAAUGAUCUGAAGGCAUGUGCCAUUAUGAGCAAAACGCAGCUGUCAGACAAAGUGACUGAGCUCCUGUUACUUCUUCAGGAAGAGGAGAGUCUCACAAAAAACUUAAUUGAUGGAAAGACUCAGGAAGCCCCGGAAGCACAUGAUCAGCAGUUGGAGUCCUGUCGACAAAAGCUUGUAGCCCUAGAGACUUUCUCACAUCGAAUCAGACAAAUACAAUAGCACAGUGAUCCUGUUCGGUUGCUGGAGCAAUGCACAGAAAUCGAGAAGGAAAUGCAGGAGCCCAGGUACCUGUUGGAACAAUGGCAUCCAAUACCUCUCUCAUUUGAGCACAUACUUGAGCACUUUGUGACAUUUAUUCAGUCCAUUCUACAGAAACCACUGGAAGCCUGGCUUAAGGCAAGGAGUUUCCUAAGGAGACACAUUGCCACAAAGCCAGAUAACCAUGGGGAAACUUUGCCACUUGUUGAGUUAGCAGGGCAACACACCAGCCAUCACAUUUCACUGAACUACUUUUUAAUAAUCCCUUUCCUGAGAGUUGCCACCAAGAACGACAUUUUCAGUAGCCUUAAUGCCACUGCAAAGAAGGAGCCUGGAACGGUGUUGAAAACCAUGUCUUCUGUUGAUUGGUUGCUUUUCUUAAAACAUGCAAGAUCACCAACCUGGGAAUAUGACAGCCUUCAUCCAAGGCUGACAUUGUCUGAUGACGGUCUUGUAUUAAGCUGUAACCGGAGGAGGGUACUUUACCCUUGUGGUCCCCAGAGAUUCGAUAAAUUAUGGCAAGUGCUAGGGAGAGACGCAUUCCUCUCCAGAAGCCAUUACUGGGAAGCUGAUGUGCUUCACGCUGGAGCAGGAUAGUGGAUUGGCACAGCCUACCCUUCCACUGGCAGGAAAGGAGAUGAAACCUGUCAGCUGGGCUGGAAUAGAGCACCUUGGUGCCUUAAGAAAUUUGAUUUUGAAUACUGGGCAUUUCACAAGGGGGAGAGAAUCCCUAUCUCGAUAGAAGAUGAUCCUGAUCACAUUGGCAUUUUUCUGGAUUAUGAAGCAGGAAUCCUUUCAUUCUACAAUGUUACUGAUGGCGUGGCUCACUUGCACACCUGCUGCGAGUUUACAGAACCAGUUUACCCAGCCUUGAGGCUCUGGGAAGCGUCCAUUGGAAUAUGCAAACUAACAUUAAGGAUGUUAGUUUGCAAACAGCAAAAGCAAAAUAAAGCCUUCUAUUUCAUGCUUUGUCUAUGA